AUGGCCGCCGGAGCCGCAGCACACCCGGCCGACGCAGGUGGCGCUGCUGGGGCCACGUACUACUACGUGAACACGGUGCCGUUUGCCGCCUUCAUCGGCUUCACGGCUUCCAUCAAUAGUCGAGCCAGCGAGAGCGAGCAGCUCGCCACGUACUACUUGCUGUCGCAGGCCAUCGGCCCCGGCAACAGCUGGGAGCUUGUGGCGAGUCCCAGUCAUGGUAGUGGACCUACCCGCGUUGAACACCUCGAUCCAGCUAACCGAAACCGUUGGCGGUCGUACGGCUACGACGAUGCCGACCUGGAGCGCUUUCUGGACGCCGCCGCUGCCUCUCUGCGGUCGGAAAAUAUCGCAACUGAUAUUCGUUCCCGGGGGGGGACAAAUCUCACCUCCGUCACCUGGCUGGCUGGCGUCUUGCUGGGGGCCCAAAACACGACGGCGGCAGAGGUGCGGAAGAAAACCAAGGCCAUGUACGACGCCUUGCUGGCGGGCAGCAAUCGUACUGCGCUAUUGAUGUCGUACUUGGCGUCCAUCGGGCAUGCCCCGCACGAGGAAGACAGUAUGGACGAGCCUGGCGGCGGUGGAGGUGGCGGCGGGGGGCGUGGGGGUGGGGGUGUGGCGUGGGGGGAGGCGCUGGCAUUGUCGCUGGUGGCGGCGGCGGUGCUGGCGGCGGCGAUGGUGGGGGUGGUUUGGUUUCUUCGGCGACAUCGGCUGCGGCUGCUGAGUCGUAUUCGCCGCAUCACCCCCCCGGGUCCCGGGCCUCACACGACUUUGUGUGUCACUGACAUCCAGGACUCCACGCUGCUUUGGGAGCGGUUGGAUUCGGAGCUCAUGGAUUGUGCGCUGCGGCUACAUAACGCAUGUCUGCGUCAUUGCGCCACGGAGUAUGGCGGGUACGAGUCGGCCACGGAGGGUGACUCCUUCGUGUUGGCCUUCCACACCGCCCAGGCCGCGCUGAUGUUCUGUCUGACGGCGCAGGAGGAGCUGCUGCACGUGGACUGGCCGGAGAGGCUGCUGCAGGAGCCACCGUGUCAGCCGGUGUGGGUGUGGGACCCCGCAGAGGCGGCGGCGGAGGCGGCGGCGGCAAGGAGUGGGCCUCACCACCACCGGGGCUCCUCCCGCGAGGGAUCCCGGGGCCGCAAGACAGCGACACUGCUGCAGCGCCUCACAAACUCCCCUGGAAUCUACAACAAAGCUUCGUCUUCGUCUUUCACGGCGGCGGCGGCGGCGGCGGCGGCAGCACCACCUCCGCCGCCGCGAAUGGCUACCUGCCCGCCGUCUCCGCACCGCGCGGUGGCCCCCUGUGCGCCGCCGCUCUCAUCGGCUCCGUCACCAGCGCUCAUCAUCCGCCAGGGCAGUAGCGGCAAUCCAGGGAGGUCUGCGUCUGGGCUGGGAAUGGGGAUGGGCGGGGUUGGGGUUGGUUUCGGAGGCGCCUCUCCGUUCGCAAGCUGGGGGGAUACUGUAACAGGGCCCUCACCGUCAUCCGCGGGCUGGUUGAGGGCCAUCAGCGACUCGGAGGCGGAUACGUCCGACCCGGACCUCCCGGGCGGCGGCGCCGCCGGCGGCGUUGGCGGCGCGUCCGUUUCCACCACUGCAGCUGAACAGAAUGGGCGCAUUGUGCGACAGCAGCAGCCGCAGCAGCCCGGGCGGCUGAGCGGCAGCGGCGGCGGCGGCGGCAGCAGCGUCGUGUCCUUCUGGAGCGGCAUGCCGCGCAGCUUCCUGGUACGGCACCAGCCCGGCCGCGGCGGCCGCUCCACUGCCGCCGGUCCUGAUGCAGCUGUCGCUGGCCCCGUUAUCAACGCCGCCGCCACAACCACAAACGAUACCGUUGCCGCAGCGGCCACGGCCGCGGCGGCGGCCACGACGGCGGUCCUUACCUCCGCCACCCACUAUCGACCUGCUUCAGAGCCUUGUGUGCACGUGGUUGGCCCCCUAGCCCCGGCCGCCGCCGCCGUCGCGACAGCACAUGCUUCCUUAAUGUCGAAGGCGCUGACGGCGGCGGUGGCGUUGCCAGCGGCCGCGUUGACGGCAGCGCAUCGAUCAAAGACGGUUCCAACACCCACAGGCUGUCGUACCUCGCACCGGAAUCCCCCCGCCUCUUCACCGUCCGUUCCAGCUAGGAUUGCCAGGACAUCGGGCCCCCCCUCGCGCCCGAGGGCGGCUCCGGAGCCUGCAGUCGUCUUCGUGGAGGAGUUGCUGAGCUCCCUGGCGGCGUACAGCACACAUGGCGGCGGCGGCGGGGGAGGUGGAGGCGGCGGGGGAGGUGGAGGCGGCGGGGGAGGUGGAGGCGGCGGAGGAGGUGGAGGCGGAGGCGGCAGCAGGGGUAGCAGCGGCGACAGCGGCGGCCCAGGUACCAGGAAUCCUACUCACGCGCCUCCGCUGCGCUUCAGCAGGCAGGAGCCCCAUUCCGUUUGGCAGUUCAUGAGUUAUCAGAGCGGCGCACCGCUGCGCUUUGCGCUGGGGACAGAGAGUGCCGCUGGCGGUGGCGGAGUCAUCGACGGCACCGGCGGCGGUGUUGCAGGGGCUGCUGGGUCGCCAGCGGCGGCACUGGCGGCACUGGCGGCGGCGGCGGCGGCGGGAACGGGAGGGUCUGUGGAGGAGUGUGCUAGCCGCAUGCCUUCCGCAGCGGCGGUAGCAGCGACUGCGUCCGCGGACGCUGCUCUGGGAUCUGCCGUACCGCACGAGCAUAUCUCCAAUUUCCCUGACCUCCUCUCCACUACAGGAACGGUGCUCCCCUAUCGGGACUUCACCGCCAGCGCCAGUGCAGGACCACCUGGCAGCGGCGGCGGCGGCGGCGGCGGCGGCGGCGACACCGCAGCCGCCGGUGCGCGGAGCAGCUUGGAUUCGGAUAUAGAUCCAAACGCGAUCCUGUGUUCUACGCCGGAUAACGAUCAAGAUCCAGAUAAUGUACCGCAUAUCGUGUUGGGCAUGGCGGCUGCCGAGCGUGAAAACAGCCUGGCGGCGGCGGCGGCUGGAGCCGUUGUGACGUUGCGGGACCGCCUGCUGUUCCGGGGGCUGCGUGUACGGAUGGGUUGUGCCAGCGGCGUCGAUCAUGCCGUUGAGGUGACGUACAACAGCCGCAUGGCGCGGGUCACCUACACCGGCCGACCUGCCGCCAUCGCGCGAACCGUUGGCGGCGCCGCCGCCGCCGGCAUGGUACUGCUCUCCGAAAGCAGCCACGCACUUAUCACCGGCCCAACUCUGGAGCAGUACGACAUGGAAUGGCCUUCAAUACCAUUCCUCAGUCGCGUGCCGCAAUGCGUCCAUCUGAUCGAUCCCUGCAGCGGCCAUUGCCGCAAUACCUUGGCUCGUCGUUGUUAUCCGGCUUGCAGGGCGUGUGUCUGCUGCGGCGGUCGCCAUGGCGGUGGCGGCAGCGGCGGUGGCGGUGGCGGCGACGGCGGGGGAGAUAGCACCGUGGCGGGGUCAGCUUCUGCUCGGCCCUGCGUGACGGUGUUUUGGUACGGCGGCUGUGUACGGCUGGACGAGCAGCUACCUUCCCUGGAGGUCUAUCAAGCGGCCACUCCUGGUCAAGCGCUGCGGUGGGCGCUGCUGCCGCCUCCCACUGCGCGCCUCAAGCUGGAUCCCUUGUCGGGGGGUGUGCAGGUGAAAGAGCGGGGACAUGGGGGUGGGGCUGCCCUUGUGGGCAAUCUGGCCGUGGCGGUGGUGGCGGUGUCGGCGGCUCCGGCCCUCGCGGGGCUCCAGGGAGGGGGUCCCGGCGACGGUGUGUGGCGCGACGCCGCCCUCACCCUCUGGACGGAGGCGGCGCGGCUGUGUAGGGCGGGAGGCGGCUUCCUGGCUACGAGGCGCUCAGCGGUGAUUGGCCUCGAGCCGGAAGUCUUAGCGGCGGCGGCCCCACCAGCGGGGCUUCCUCCUCCCAAUUCCUUCGAAGGUUUCCUCGGCGUGCGGGCCGCCCGGCUCACGUCGUCCUCUUUAGGCGAAACUGGAGGUGGCGGCGCUGGCGCCGGCAGCACCGGCGGCGGCGGCAGUCCCGGCGCUACGGCCGAUGCGCAGCAUCUGGCACGUCGGGCCAGCAGCGGCAAGAGCAGCGGUCGAAGUACCCCCGCAGGCCCCGGGAUCCUGAAGAGCAUCUCGGGGCUCUUACCGGUGUUGUUACCCCGCGCCCUGCAUCACCGACAAAGCAGCGCCAGCGGCUCCGCCGCCGCCGCUGUUACCGCCGCUGCCGCUGCCGCUGGGCAAUCGUCGUCCUCGGCAUUGCCAUUGCACGUGAGCACGCCCUGCGGCGCGCUGUUGUCAGGUCCGGCGGCGGUGGCGGCGGCGGCGGCACCCGCUUCGGAGCUCUCGCUAGGUCCCGUCCCGGUGUUGCCGCUGGUGCUGUCCCCUGUUGGGCGCAGGGGUUGGCUGGCCUCUGUUGAUGAUGACGUGCCGCGCUUGGAGCUGCAGGUGCUGGCGGUACAGGCGCCCAUGGAUGUUGCGGCGGCGGCGGCGGCGGCGGUGGCGGCGGUGGCGGUGGCGGAGGUGGCGAUGGCGGCGGUGGCGGUGGCGGAGGUGGCGAUGGCGGCGGUGGCGGUGGUGGCGGCGCUGCCGCCGCGGCCGCCUAAGCAGCCGUCGCCGCGGACACAACGGCUUUCUCGGCCCCCCCCGGUGGCGACGGCAGCAGCCCUGGAGUCCGAUCCGGGGGAUGCCAUUGAUGCGACGAGUGCAGCGGUGCAUGAAGAGCAGCAGCAGCAGAGGCCCCCGUCGCGUCCUAAAAUCGGUGCUGGCGGAGGUGGUAGACAGAACGGCAGCUGUACGGGAUCGGCAUGUUCGCUGUCGUUCACAUUGGCGAGGUGCCGGGCAACCUUGCACCAAGCAAGCUCCGAGGCCAGCGGCGGCGGCGGCGGCGGCGGCGCUGCGGGCCCUCCGUGGGGGCAAACAGGGGAAGCUGCGGACACGGCGCCAGAUACGGCGGCAGCUACCGCCGCCGCUGCUGCCGUGAUGGCGUCGUACAUCUCCCGGUUGCGCCGCGCGGCGUCUUGUUCCCGGGAGGCAUCGCUGGAUGACAUCGCUCUGCGUCCGGAGGGGCUGCCUCCGCAGCUGUUGGACGCCCUGGUGUGCCGCGGACCCCGGCUGCGAGCUGGAGUGGAGCUGGGGCCUGUGUCGUUGGAGGUAAACGGGGUGACGGGUUCACCCAGGUACGUGGGUCCCGCCGCCGCCGCCGCCACCGCCCUGGCGCUCGGCUCCCCAGUGUCCAGGGUCCACGUCAGCUCAGUGGUGGCCACUGCGCUGCGGCAGAAGGACGUCGUGGAUUCCAUCGCUCCGGCGGCGGCGGCCGCAACCGCCGGGGUUGCUGGCGGCGGCGGCGGCCGUGCUGGCGGCAUGUCGCCGGCCGCUUGGGGAGCGCGUUCCGGGCCGCAGCCGCCGUCGUCGUCCCAAGUGAAUAACGUGCGGCCUUCGACAGCUGCCGCUGCCGCUGCUACUGCCGCCUCCCCCGCCCCCGCCGCCGGCGCUUGGGUGCCUCCUGUUUCCCGUAUCUCCCGUGUGGUGGUGCAAGCUGGAAAUGAUUCGACUCGCGAGCUUCUGACGGCUCCUCGACCAGCACACGUCAUCACGCAUCCGUCGUACCUUCGCAAGAAGGGUUAG